ACUGGCGCUUCCACCCCACAACCCCAUUCUCGUACCCACGCGACCACCAUGAUAGGAACAUCGCGCCCAGAGUUCUACUUUAUACGGCUCUGUAUAGUGGGUUUGCAUUACCUUGCACCCCUCGCAGUUCUAUACUGUGUCUUGAGCAUCAUCCUCUUUGGCUUCAAGGCCGCAACAUACCGCGUCCCGCUCAUCAUCGAGAGCAUCGCCAUAGCAGAGACGCUGUUCUUCCUCUGCGUGUACAUUCCUUACAAUAUAUACCUCCAGCGCGAAGCUGUUCACCCACCUGCCCCAACGCGCGAAGAACGAACAGAGCUCUUCCGACUUUGCAACGAUAACAUUCCGGACCCAGAGGCAUAUUUGCGGAAAUGGUUUUUGGGGGCACCUUUGUCUGAGAUCAAGAGGGAGAAUCUGAAGGAGUUUCUUCUCUGGGCAUUCUUCAACCGUGGUGGGCCACCUGGAGAAGAUGACGAGGAACUCGAGGAGUAUGUGUCUGCGUUAGAGAAGCUGCUGGGGAGGCCAAUAGAGGAAGGAACUGGGGAUGCGAAGUGCUUGCGUACGACGCUGGAUCGAGUUGGCAUGUUGCACCGCAGCUUGGUUUGGUAUACUUGUGUUGGCUUUGUCGACUUUUUGACCUCCAUGAAAAUGCUCUUCCUCGGCUUCCAGUUUCACCGGACAAGCCUUACUCGAUUUUUCACCCUCUUUCCUUUUAGAUGGCAGACCAUUUUCGCUCGACAUCGAUCGCCUGCGAAGCACACUACAUAUUGGUACAGACCUCACACAUCAACUACAAAACUCCCAGUGGUCUUCAUCCACGGAAUCGGUAUCGGGCUUUAUCCCUACACGAACUUCUUGGGGGAGCUCAACUCGAUAGAUGGUGUGAAAUCUACGGAUCCAGAAGAGCAGGUUGGGAUCAUCGCCAUCGAGAUAAUGCCAGUGUCUUUUAGAAUUACAAACCACGCGUUAAGCCGACAAGAAAUGUGUGCUGAGAUAGAUCAAAUUCUGCUCAAGCAUUUUGGCCCAGACCAGAAAUUCAUACUCUCGUCUCACAGCUACGGAACUGUUAUUAGUACCCAUCUUCUCAAAACACCAUCCAUUGCGAAGCGUAUCGGGUCAGUUGUCUUGAUCGAUCCGGUAUCAAUAUUACUUCAUCUGCCAGAUGUCGCCUACAAUUUCACCCGGAGGAAACCAAAGCAUGCAAACGAGCACCAGUUGUAUUACUUCGCGAGCAUGGAUAUGGGUGUCAGCCAUACACUCAGCCGGCACUUCUUCUGGAACGAGAACGUGUUGUGGAAAAAAGAUCUAGUAGGGAGGAAAACGACAGUCAGCUUGAGUGGAAGAGACCUCAUUGUCGACACAGAAGCAGUGGGGAAAUACUUGAGUGACCAACCGAAGUCUGAGCUAGCAAAUGGCUACAGUGACCAGGACCCAGACCUUAUAGAUGUUAACGGGCCCGUGGAUGAAGAUGCAUCUGUGCGAAUGAGAGGCGGUGAAAUUAUACGCGACGAGGAUCUAGAAAAAGAAGAGUGGAAAUCUCGUCCCUGGCGUGGAUCUGGUAUCGACGUUCUCUGGUUCAAAGACCUGGACCAUGCGCAAAUUUUCGAUAAGCCUUCCUCGAGGAGAAGGGUUAUUUCUGCUAUUCGAGCAUACUGUGAAGAAUGA